AUGGCGACCGCCGUUGAGACCACGGAGAUCCCGCAGCCCCAGCAAAUAAACAGCAGUGUGAAUGCAGCUGGCCGCAUGAAGGAGACCCGCAGCACGCACGAACUACUGCAGCGCGAGGCUUGCGGAGACCCACCACGAACCCCAUCCCCGGGCUUUGCUUGUCUCGAAGGGGCAAAAGACUUCCCCUGCACGAGCCCGCCUAAACCGCAAUCAGGUCUUUGCGGCACGGCACAGUCCCCCCCGGUUGCCACGGCUGACGCCUCCAAUCAAUCCAAACCUCACCUCCUGCAUUUCCUGCAUUUCUUCCCAUUGGCCAGACAAGAGGAAACGUUUUGCACACUUGCUGCACCUGUGCGGUUACGGCACCAACCUCCAAGAAACGCAUGUAAUCACAGGGAGCAACGUCCAAUCUACAGCCUGCCGUAUAUGAGUACGUGCGUUCGGUCGUCGCAUACGCGCUAG